AUGUUCCAGCCAUGGGGACUGGCACUUCUCUGGGGUUUGCUUGUAAUAUCCUUGGCCCAAGCUUCACCAAAAGGCCAGGCAAUUUUGAGCAUUGGCCCAGAAGUCAUCAACAAAGUUUUUUCCCAGGAACUUAUAAAUCAGAAUGCUAUUCAGAUCCUAAAAGAUUUGCCUCUUUAUGAAGCCAUGAGAAAGAAUCAAUUCAGCGAGAUGCCCUUGAUUGGAGGCGUCAUCAGUGGUUUUCUGAAGCAGAUUGCAUGGCUGAAAGUCACUGAGGCUGCCAUUCCCCAACUGGCAUUUCAACUUCCUGAGCAGGGUCAUCUCCAGAUCUGGAUCCCCCUGGAUAUGGUGGCUACCCUUAAUACCAUAAUUAUGAACAAACUCAUUGAGCUGCACAUGGAAAUUGAUGUCAUAGCUGAAAUCCAUACGAAAACUGAUUAUCAAGGGAACUCUCAUGUAGUCCUUGGACAGUGUACCAACAGCCCCAAUAAUUUACACGUCACUCUUCUACAAAAGUUCUCUUUUGCAAUCAACUUCUUCGCUAGCCAGGUCAUCGAUGUCCUGAUGCCAGCACUGCCUAUGUUAGUGAAAAAUGAUGUAUGCCCAGUCAUUGAAAAGGCCUUUAAGAGCAUGACUUCCAAAAUCUAUGCUUGGUCAACCUUGCUAGUGCCAAUUGGAUCCAGCUCCCUGGGUUUUGAGGUCCUGUCAUCUUCAGUUGUGGAUAGCAACUUUGAGCUGGAUCUCAAAGUUAAGUUUCAGGACCCAGCAGGAAAGCUGAUCAAGGUCUUCAAUGAUUCUCUGAGCUCUCUGACAUUGUCCAGGUUGGAUGACUUUGGGUUAAAUUUCAUAGUGAGACAGAAUGUGGUGAACACCAUCAUUGAGGCACUGCUGCCCUCGGGGGAGCUAACAGUUCUUCUGGACUCUGUGUUUCCUGAGUUGGCUCAUCAACUGAAAUCAGUCCUCAAUCAAAUCAACACAAAGGCUUCCGUACAGUUGGGACCAACUCAGAUUGUGAAGAUCUUCACCCGGCACCAUCCACAUAUCUGCCUGAAAGCUGGCAGUGCCAGUGUAGCCCAGCUGGUUGUGUUUCAGGUGUUUGCUACCAACCAAGCCACCCAGCCUCUUUUCACUUUGAGCAUCGAAGCCCGCUCUGAAGGUCAGUUCUACACUAAAGGGAACAGACUCUUUCUCAACCUCAGUGGAAUCAGCUCUGAUCAAAUCCAGCUGAUGAGCUCGGAAACAGGCUUGUUCAGCCCUGAACUUAUGGGAAACGUGAUAAACGAAAUCUUACUCGCUGUGUUGUUGCCAAACCAGAAUGGUUUAUUGCGAUAUGGAAUUUCCUUGUCCCACUUUAAGAACUUUGGAUAUGAUGAAAUGAAAGUGACUCCUAUCCAGAAUAUCUGCCGCUCUUGGCUCAGCAGACACAUCCGUAAAAGAAAGUCAGAGGAGACAGAGACGAUGGCAGAAGGAGAGAUCACCAAGUUUGCUCCUAAAUCAGACUUUAAGGGAGCUGAAAGUGGGAGAACACAAGAACUUUCUAGUCUGUAG